AUGGGUGGCACACCAGGCGGGGAGUUACAUGUAGGAAAGUUUUUUAGAGACAAAGAGCAUUUAAAGAUGGUUGUUGGCUUGUAUGCAAUGAAGAAGGGGUUUGACUACUCCGUUAGGAAGUCCGGUACUACUAUUUGGUACGUCACAUGUAAGGAUACAAAUUGUGGGUGGAGAUUUAGAGCGAAAAAGAACGUACUUUCUAACAUGUUUGAGGUGAGUACAUUUCAUAAUGUACAUACAUGUUCCCUUGAUCUUCGAGGAAAAGAUAACCGUCAAGCAUCACCUUUGAUAGUUUCCCAUCUAAUUAAGGAUAAGUUCGCAACUGACGGCUCGGAUCAUUUGGCCUCUAAUAUAAGAAAAAGUAUGCACAAGGAUUAUGGAAUCCAAAUGAGUUAUGAAAAGGCAUGGAGGUGCAGAGAGAAGGCACUACACCUAGCUCAGGGUACACCUGAAGAUUCAUACUCAAAAUUACUUAGUUACUUGCACAUGCUAAAGUUGAGAAAUCUAGGUACCAUCACGGAUUUUGUGGUAGAGGAUGGUCGCUUCAAGUUUUGCCGACUUGUUGUAUGCGUUGAUGGGUCUUUCUUGAAGACUAGGUAUGGUGGGCAAAUGUUGUGUGCAGUGGCACUGGAUGCAGGGAGCCAUAUCUUUCCGAUAGCUUUCGUUAUAGUUGACAGUGAAAACCAUAAUUCUGGGACCUAUUUUACGAGAAAAUUGAAAGAAACGAUUAGUGAUGUUGAGAACUUAGCCUUUGUGUUGGAUAGGCAUCAAAGCAAUGUUCAUGCUUUGGAGAUCAUGUUCCCUGAUGCACACCACGGUGCAUGCUACCACCACAUUAUUAUGAACGUCAACCACAAGUUCAAGACUGACGUCUUCACGAAUCACAUUUACACGUGUGUCUACACGUAUUCAAAAUUAGAGUUUCACAGAGAAUUUGAGAACAUUCGGGCAAUGAAUAUUGCAAUUGCACAAUAUCUUGAGGAAAUUGGAUUUGAAAAUGGGUUAUGUCGUACUUUCCAGGGGUAUGUUACAAUGUAA